AUGGGGAUUCCGCUGUAUAUUGAAAAGACGGGAAUGGAAGGCAAGUAUGAUUACGAACCCUGCCUACCUCGCACCUUUCGCGAGGCCAUUGAGAUCUGCUCGGCGCUGGGGAUCCAGCACAUCUGGAUUGACAGCUUGUGCAUCAUUCAAGACGACCUGGGCGACUGGCAAGCCGAGGCUGGCCGCAUGGACAGUGUCUAUGCCAAUGCUGCACUAACAAUUGCCGCCUCUGCCGCAGCCAGCAUUGCGGAGGGCUGCUUUGUGGAAACCGAGAGCUUUGGCACAAGAUUGAGCAGCUAUGACCCCCUCGCGGUCCGGGGAGGGACGUCGUUUAUCGAGCUUAACACACGCGCCUGGACGCUGCAGGAGCACGUCCUCUCUCGCCGUGUCCUCCACUGCACGUCCCCCGAGUUGCGCUGGCAGUGUAACUCAGCGUACUGCAUCGAGGCCGGCAUCAGACCGCCUGAAUUUAUGGCGGACGGUAUCAUCCGGACCCUGCCGGAAUUGCUCUCAAGCAGUGACUUCUGUGAUGCUGAGAGGGGCGACAUCGUGAUGACGGCAUGGCGCCGGUGGAUCAGCAGCUACUCUCACCGGGAUGUCUCUGUACCUCUGGACCGGCUCGCCGCACUAUCUGGCAUCGUGCAAGCUAUCACCAGGGAGGUUGGCUAUACGCACCUCCUCGGCUGCUGGGCUGAGACGCUCUGCACUGACCUUAGCUGGGUCGCGUCUUCCACCCUCUUCGAAGAUCGGCAGGAUCCCAAGACAAUGAUCAAGGGCUUGCCGUCGUGGACUUGGCUGUCAAGUUCCUAUCCAGUGGACCAGCACCAUGAAAACGACAUGUGUCCACGAAUACGAGAAACGUCAGACCCGUGGAAAGACCACACUCAGCUUGUGGCCACAGAUAUCCGCUGGGAAGGACAACCGCUCGUAUCAGCCUUGAAGCGAGGUCAUCUCGACCUUCGCGGGCCAGUGCUUUCCCUGACGUUCAGCGGCAAGCGAGACCCCGUGGUUGCGCCACUAGAUUUGAUGGAUGAUGGCACAUAUCAUUGCGGUAGCGAGUCCGACACUCAGCCGCCCGGAACAUACCCAUGUUUGGUCCUGCAAAGCCGCGAAGCCGAGCGCGAAAUCAAAUCACACGUUCUCGCAGUCAUGAUGCUGAAGCCAGUCGACGAAAACAACGACGUUACACGAGGAGCAUCCAUCAGUGAGCACAAGUUUAAUUCUAAUGACGGCACCCAGGGUAAUGUUCUGCAAUGUUAUCGCCGGGUGGGCUUCGCAUGGGCGCAUUGCGAGGGCGGCAAUAUUCACGAUUGGCCCCAGCAAAUCUCGACAGUGAUCAGGCUUGUUUGA